AUGGACCCUGCACCGAGUCCCCGUCGGGACUCGACGUCCGGAAUGCUGCCUCCUAGUUCCCCUCGCCGGAAUUCGGCUUCCACUCCUACCAGAACGACUCAACCUACUCGUCAGCCUUCACCCGGACCAACCUCUUCUCCUCACGCUCACAACGCCCCGCCUCAUGCCCACCCUCAACGUCGAUACCGCCCCAAGCACUAUGAUGGAAACCCGAUUCAAGCUCAUACACCUUCUUCGUCGGUCGAUGGCGAUCUGGAUGCCAUCUCCGAGCUCGAAGUCCCUGCUGGCACCUCCCCUUACCUCAACUAUCAUGGCCAGACAUCUGGACACGGCUACGGACACGGCCCACACCACAACUACCACACACAAUCUGACCCGCCUACUCGAUCUCCUCGCAACCUAGUCAUCUGCCUCGACGGCACUCACAACUCUUUCUGCGAUCACAACUCCAACGUCGUCCGUCUCUUUGAGCUGCUAGAGAAAUCGGAUAGACAGCUUUGUUAUUACGAUUCCGGGGUGGGGACGCAGCAAGGGCCGUGGUUGUAUGGGCUGAAGAAGGAUUUCGCUAUGGUGACUGAUUUGGCUUUCGCUUGGAAUUUCAAGACCCAUGUGAUCGACGCUUACCGUUUCGUCAUGGACCAGUACCAAGACGGCGAUAAGAUCUGGAUCUUCGGUUUCAGUCGGGGAUCUUACGCCGCUCGAGCUCUGUCGGGAAUGUUACAAUACGUUGGCUUGCUUCCGAAGGGUAAUCAUUCUCAAGUCCCACUCGCCUGGAGUAUUUACGCAGCCUCGGCCGAUAUCCCAUUCACCGAUUCACCCAUCAACUCUUCUCCUAAGAACACCAAAGUCAAACAACCCGGUCGAUCGAGUCAGUACGCGGGGACGCCGGAGGAGUACAAGAGGAUAUUCAGUAGAAGCGUACAUAUUCCGAUCGAGUUUGUCGGGGUUUGGGAUACGGUCUCGGCCUUGGGGAUCACCAAGCUGCCAAACUUGCCUUUCGCCUCUGCAAUCGGAUACGUCCGUUACUUUCGUCAAGCCCUGAGUUUGGAUGAAAGACGAGCCAAAUUCGUUCCGGAAUACUAUCACGAAGAAUGCGAACCGAGCGAAGAGGGGAAAGGGACCAAGGCAGUCACUACCGAGAAGCAGGUCUUGCGUCAGAGAGAUAACGGAUAUUUGAGGGUCAAGGAGGUUUGGUUCUUGGGAUGCCAUUCUGAUGUCGGCGGAGGAAACACCAUCAAUGGCCAGCCCGCCUUGUCCAACAUCUCGCUCCGCUGGAUGGUGUUCGAAGCCUCUAUCCUCGGCCUCAAGAUCGACAACAACGCUCUCUUCUCUUCCCGUAUCUACAACAACCCCAAGUACCCUACCGUUCGUCGUCUCAUCCCGCCUAGGUAUAUCAGCGUCGAGGAUUUCACUGCCAAACCGAUCGAGGACGAGGACUUUCUUCGGUACCGCAGUCAAUCGGAUGAUACGCGCGCAAAGGCGCUCAUCAGGCAAGCCGCUGAGUGGGAUGCGGAGCCGAAUACACCGCUCGACAAGAACUUGCCCAUCGAUCUGAGGCAAGAGAAGCAAGAGAGCUUGAGGGGAUUCUAUUGGUUGCUCGAGUGGGCUUGGUUGGAAAGGUGGGAUUACGUGGGAGGCAAUCGUCGAAAGCUAGUCAAGAAUCAGAAUUGGGGCAAGGGGAGGGAGAUCAUCGAGCAACAGAGGAUCCAUCGAUCGGUAUACAACCGUCUCCAAUACGAACUCCAACAGAAAGAUGCCAAGACGACCCUCAUCCAAGAGGUCAAAAUUGAGAUCAAGAAGACGUUCCUCUCGAAGAAGCAGAAGAAGAAGUUGGAUCAGGAGAAGGAAAUCCAGUGGCCCAAGGCUGGGUUUGCUGAUGGUACCACGUGGGAGCAAGUCCUCGGCAAGGGACCCGAAGAUGAUAUUUGGGAGACCGUCGAACCCUGAAGCCUAGCAUCUCCUCAUCUGGACCCCGCACGAAACCCGGUCCUCCGCGCUUUUUCACC